AUUUCCCGCCCAUCGCCUCCUCCUCUGCAGACAUAAUCGCCAUUACCUUGAAAUAAAUAACUGUGCACACCUUUUUUUGAAUCUAAAUUCUCUGUUUCUUUUUGCUUCUCUCCAUUCUUUCUGGUCUCUUCCCUCUUUCAGAGAGAUAGAGAGAGAUAGAAGAGAGAGAGACAGAUAGAAGAUAGCUUACAAAUUGACUUGCAGUUCAUUUUCGUAUAUUGAAGAGAAAUGACGGCCGAGCACGAAGUGAAGAGCGAGCCUGUGGCAGAUUCUCCGACCUCUGUUCUUGAAGAUGAGGAUGUCAAGGAGAAUGCAAGUGUUGAUGUUGAGGUUGACGAUAUUAAGGAAGGAGUUCAUUCACUUGUUUCAAUAACCAUGGAGGAGGAGGAAGAAAAGCUGCAGGAAGAGCGGCUGGAAGAUGAGAAGCCUAUUGAAGGACCUCACUUGAAUGACACCCAGUUCACAAAAUUGGAUGAGCUUUUAACUCAGACCCAACUUUACUCUGAGUUUCUACUGGAGAAAAUGGAUGAUAUUACAAAGAAUGGUUUGGAGGAUGAUGGGAAAAUCGUCAAAGGAAUGAGAGGCCGUGGUUCCAAAAGAAAGGCCACUGCAAAUUAUAAUAAUAGGAAAGCAAAGAGAGCUGUUGCAGCUAUGCUUACGAGAGGUAAAGAUGGCUCUUCUGCUGAAGAUUCAACCCUUACAGAUGUAGAGAAAGCUGAGAAAGAGCAGGAAGAAUUGGUACCUCUGUUGACUGGUGGAAAGUUGAAAACUUAUCAACUUAAAGGUGUAAAAUGGAUGAUCUCAUUGUGGCAAAAUGGACUGAAUGGGAUCCUCGCAGAUCAAAUGGGGCUUGGCAAAACAAUUCAAAGUAUUGCUUUUCUUGCUCACCUUAAAGGAAAUGGAUUGCAUGGGCCGUACUUAGUUAUUGCUCCUCUCUCCACUCUAUCAAAUUGGAUGAAUGAGAUCGAGAGGUUUGUACCCUCAGUGGCUGCAAUAAUUUACCAUGGCGAUAAGAAAGAGAGAGAUGAAAUUGCAAGGAAGCAUAUGCCUAGAACUAUAGGUCCCAAGUUCCCUAUUGUCAUUACUUCUUAUGAAAUUGCAAUGUUUGAUGCAAGACGAGUACUGAGACAUUACAGCUGGAAAUACAUUAUUGUUGAUGAGGGACACAGGUUGAAGAACUCAAAGUGUAAAUUACUGAAGGAAUUGAAAUUCUUACCUGUUGAGAAUAAGCUUCUUUUGACCGGCACACCACUGCAAAACAACUUGGCUGAGCUCUGGUCACUGUUGAAUUUCAUUCUUCCUGAUAUAUUUUCAUCCCAUGAGGAGUUUGAAUCAUGGUUCGACUUCUCGGGGAGGUGCACUAGUGAAGCUCUCAAGGAAGAGAUGGAAGAGAAAAGAAGGGCUCAGGUAGUGGCCAAACUCCAUGCUAUUUUGCGUCCAUUUCUGCUACGCAGAAUGAAGUCUGAUGUGGAGCAAAUGCUCCCUCGGAAGAAAGAAAUUCUCCUGUAUGCAACAUUGACCGAGUAUCAGAAGAAUUUCCAGGAUCAUCUUGUUAACAAAACAUUGGAGGGUCACCUGUUAGAGAAAGCAGUUGUUGCUCGUUUUAAAGGAAAGCUAAACAAUCUGAUGAUUCAACUAAGGAAGAACUGCAACCACCCUGACCUUUUGGAGUCUGCAUUUGAUGGUUCCUAUUUUUACCCUCCUGUGGAACAGAUUGUGGAGCAGUGUGGCAAGUUCCAAUUGUUGGAUAGACUAUUGGCAAAGCUCUUUGCUCGCAAGCACAAAGUCUUGAUAUUCUCACAGUGGACCAAGAUCUUAGACAUAAUGGAUUACUAUUUUAGUGAAAGGGGAUUUGAAGUCUGCAGGAUUGAUGGCAAUGUUAAAUUAGCAGAACGAAGACGGCAGAUUCAGGAAUUCAAUGACGUGGAUAGCAACUGUAGAAUCUUUCUCCUCAGUACUCGAGCUGGUGGGUUGGGUAUUAAUCUUACAGCAGCUGACACCUGCAUCUUAUACGAUAGUGAUUGGAAUCCACAGGCGGAUUUACAGGCCAUGGAUCGAUGUCAUAGAAUUGGUCAAACAAAACCUGUUCAUGUUUACAGGCUAGCUACUGCGCAAUCUGUUGAGGGUCGGAUUCUUAAAAGAGCUUUUAGCAAAUUGAGGCUUGAGCAUGUGGUGAUUGGGAAAGGACAAUUUAAACAGGAAAGAUCUAAGGAUGGGUUAGAUACCAUUAAGGAAGAGGAAUUGCUGGACCUUCUUCGUGAUGUUGAAGAUGAAGAGGAUCGAUGGAUUCAGACUGACAUCAGUGACGAAGAUCUGGAGAAAGUUCUGGACCGUAGUGAUCUGAUCGCUGGUCCAGCGGAGGGAGACGAGGAGGGUGAUGUAAAACGAAGCAGUUAUCCUCUUAAAGGACCUGGUUGGGAAGUGAUACUCCCUACCGCAACUGGAGGAGUGCUCUCCACUCUCAACAGCUAACUAAUCAAUCACUCAUUUUGGAGGAUCUACAGACCCUGCUUCUUUGCCCCUAUUUGGUUUCCUCUCAUUUUUGUCAUUAUAUGGAGAGGAACGCAUUCUCUAUUUGAUUGUUUUUAUUAAAGAAGGGUCUGUUUAAACUGGAAUCCCAUUAUAUGGCUUUGGAAUGAUGUAAGCUAAUUUCUUUUGACGUGAAUUCUCUUGGAAUUCCAUGUUGUAACAGUUGUUGCUUAUUAAUUGUGCUUUGUUAUUACGUGAACAUGAUUUAUUUACUGGAAAUUACAUUUGUAA